AUGAGUAUGGCAACCGGCGCCCUGGGCUCCCUGCUGCCCAAGCUGGUCGAGCUCCUCAAGGAGGAGUACAAGCUCAAGGAGAGCGUCAAGGAAGGCGUCCGAUCUCUUGAGGAAGAGAUGAAGAGCAUGCAAUCCGCACUCCGCAAGGUGGGCGAGGUGCCGCGGGACCAGCUCGACGAGCAGGUCAAGAUCUGGGCAGCGGAGGUGAGGGAGCUCUCCUUCAAGAUGGAGGACAUCGUCGACAAGUUCUUGGUGCGUGUCGAUGAUGGCUUUGAGCCUGCUGCCAAUCCGAAGAAGCUCAAACGGCUCACCAAAAAGAUGGUCGGCUUAUUCACCAAGGGGAAGGCCCGCCAUGAGAUCGCCGAUGCAAUCAAGAGCAUCAAUAAGAAAGUACAAGAGGUUGCAGACAGGCGGGCAAGGUACAAUGUUGACAAUAUUGUCCCUAGGCCUUCUGCCGUGACUCCCAUCGAUCCUCGCCUUGGGGCUCUGUACAAGGAAGUAACGGAUCUUGUUGGAAUUACCGGAACAAGGGAUCAAGAGAUAAUGAAGUUGCUCUCAGAGGGGGACGACACGUCCAAGAAAAAGUUGAAGAUCAUCUCUGUUGUCGGAUUUGGAGGAUUAGGCAAGACAACUCUUGUCAAAAUGGUUUAUGACAAGAUCAAGGGAGAUUUUGAUUGCGCGGCUUUUGUUCCUGUUGGUCGAAAUGCUGACGUGAAGAAGAUUAUAAUGGACAUCCUUCUUGAUCUUGGCUUGUACGAAAGUCAGCUAGCCAUGUUGGAUGAAAGACAACUCAUCAACAAACUUCAAAAAGGUCUCGAGAAGAAGAGGUAUCUCAUUGUAAUUGAUGAUUUAUGGGAUGAAAAUCUAUGGAAAAUUAUCAGUUGGGCAUUCUCUAAUGGCAAUAAUGGCAGUCGGUUAAUCACGACAACCCGUAUAGUCAGGGUAGCCAAAUUAUGCUGCUCAUCCAUUAAUGAGUCAAUCUAUCAAAUGGAACCACUUAGUGAUGAUGAUUCUAAAAGGCUCUUCUACAAUCGGAUAUUUUCUCAUGAGAGUGGAUGUCCCCAUGAAUUUGAACAAGUAUCUCGAGAUAUAUUGAAGAAAUGUGGUGGUGUUCCAUUAGCCAUCAUUACAAUAGCUAGUGUUUUGGCUAGUGAUCAGAAAGUAAAUUCACAUGAUGAGUGGAAGGCUUUGCUAGAAGCUAUUGGUCAUGGACUUACAAAAGACCCCAGUAUGGAGGAGAUGCUGAGGAUACUAUCAUUCAGCUAUUAUGACCUGCCUUGUCAUCUGAAGACAUGCUUAUUAUAUCUAAGCAUGUUUCCGGAAGAUAGCAAGAUCCUGAAAGAUCAGUUGGUAUGGAUGUGGAUUGCCGAGUGUUUUAUCCCAUGUGAAAUAGCACAAUCUAGUCUGUUUCAGAUCGGAGAAAAUUACUUCAAUGAGCUUGUGAACAGAAGCCUUCUCCAGCCACUAUAUGAUGAUUUUGGCACUCUACAUGCCUGUCGCGUACACGACAGUGUGCUGGAUCUAAUUUGUCUUUUGUCAAGGGAAGAGAACUUUGUUAGUGUAUUUAAUGGUAGCAUGUCAUCUCAGGGAAAUGUCCGCAGGCUGUCCCUCCAGAAGAUUAUCAAAGAAGGAUAUCAUACCACACCUCUCGAAUCUAUGAGUAUGCUACAAGUGAGGUCCAUUGCAACAUUUGAACCUGCUAUUAGCCUGUUAUCUCGUCUCUCAAGCUUUGUUGUUUUACGUGUAUUGAAUUUGAGUACAUGUGCACUUGGUGAUCAUAAUCUUCGGGGGUUAUGGAGUUUAGUUCACCUGAGGUACCUAGACCUAUCCCAUACAGGACUUUGUGAGCUUUCGGAAGAGGUUGGAAAGUUGCGGUUUUUGGAGGUGCUGGAUGUGAGUGGAAACCAUGGUAUAGAAAAACUGCCAUCGAGUGUUACCAAACUGAGAAGAUUGAUGUGCCUACUUUAUGAGCAGAGUUGCAAUCGGCUUCCAGGUGGGAUUGGAAACAUGACAGCAAUGGAAGAGUUGAGUUAUAUCCAUGUUGACUCUCUACGCAUUGUGAAAGAGAUGGGCAACAUGAAAAGAUUGAGGAAGUUUGAAAUUGAGUUUGAGCAUAUGAGCUUGGAGUUGCAGGAAGCUUUUGUGAAGUCACUAGGUGAAAUGUCCAACGUCCAAAGUAUAACCAUUUCUAUGGAUGGUAGAUGUAAAAUAAUGGAUCUCUUGGGGGAAAAGUGGGUUCCCCCUCAAGGUCUCCAGGCAUUGAAGUCGAAUUGGAACAAAGCAUGUAGAUUCUCUAGGCUGCCAGCAUGGAUAAGAGAGAACCCCUUGCAGAUGUCGCAGCUCUCAUGGUUACAAAUUGAUCUGAAGGAGGUGCAACAGGGGGAUCUGGGACUGCUUGGAAGGUUGCCGGCUCUUCAUACUCUCGAUUUGGAGAGCCUCCGCCAGGGGCCGCUACUAUUCGAAGCUGAUGGGUUCCGUUGUGUAACAAUAUUCAGCUUGUGGUCCAAUUCGCCGGGCCUAGUCGUGAUCCAGCCAGGAGCUUUGCCCAAGGCGGAACAGGUUACGCUCUAUACCGGUCUGCCGGUCGCAAAAGAGGAAGCAGCCGGCGGCAACGGUGGUGAAUUGUUUGACACGGGCAUAGUGAACCUGCCGUCCCUUCAGUGGGUCGAUGUCGUAUUCUGCACUUCGCUACUACAGCGACAGGAGGCCAAGAAAGCGAGUUCUGCACUGAAGACUACACUCCGUGCCCAUCCUAACAACCCUUUCUAUCGUGUCUCUGUAGAAGACAUAUCCAGUGACGACGGCUGGUGGGAGUGAAGAAAAUGCAUGCAGGUUUGUUUUCCCUGUUAAACAGGCCGUAUGUGUCAACCGUAUGUCAACCUUCAUUGUGCGCCAUAUGUAACGUAUCUUAACAGGAGUUGUAUGUAUCUUGGUAGUUAGGAUAGGAGGUUUAUCUCUAG